AAAUCUUGUGAUUAUUUUUAUAUAAAUACGCCUCUAGUCUCAAAACCCAAAAGCAAAAUUCGCAAUUCAGUCUUCCCUCUAUAUAAUCCCUGAUAUACAUAGACCUCUUAAGUAUUCUAUCGAAAACACUUGCAUUCUACAACAUGUCUAUUUCUGCUUUAAACACUGCAACAGUUGUCUUUCAAGAAGUUCAAAGCAACUUUUACUCGAGAAAGUUGCUAUUACAAACCCCUCUUUAUCAACAACAGUCUGCAGCAACUCCUCCAGUGAGUGGCAACGCACACGUCGCAUCAGAACCUUAUCCAGGGGAUAAUAAUUUCGAUGCAAAUGUUGUGAUGGUACUCUCAGUCCUCUUGUGUGCUUUAAUUUGUUCACUAGGAUUAAAUUCUAUAGUUAGGUGUGCCUUGAGGUGCUCAAGAUUAGUAGCCUCUGAAUCAAGUGAAAGCUCUUCAGCUCGUUUAGCAAAUACAGGGAUCAAGAAAAAGGCUCUCAAAACUUUUCCAGUAGUAAAUUACACAGCUGACCUGAAGCUACCUGGAUUAGAUGCUGAGUGCGUAAUAUGCCUUUCAGAGUUUGCUACUGGCGAGCGUGUGAAAGUUUUGCCCAAGUGCAACCAUGGUUUUCAUAUCCGAUGCAUCGACAGGUGGCUCAAUUCCCAUUCAUCAUGCCCUACUUGUAGACAAUGCCUGAUUCAGACAUGUCAGAAAAUAGUCGGCUGCAGCAUGCCUAGCGCACCACAACCAAUCCCCCCGCACCAAGAAAACGUUACUAUCAGAAUCGCACCUUUGGAACCUGAGGGUGUAGUGCGUAGUUUCCAAACCUAAGUGCUGGGUAAUUCUUACUUCACUGGGUUAUAUACUCACUAGAAUUGUUCUUUAAAGAUAUUAAGAGCUAGGCUAUCAAUUCCUCGGGGCCAACCGGGUUACCUCAUAGUUAGGCCCCGGAAGGAAUGUAAUGUUCAAUUGUAUAUUUGUACAAAAUUAUAAGAUUGUGUUUUUAAGCCUUC